AUGGCUUCACGCUUUCCGGCAUCGUUUGUCGACCCUUGGCGGGAGCUCAUUGGCGCAAAUGAAAAGGAGCAGGUGAACGACUUUCCGGCCUACAGCUCAACUUCACUUGAGCCUCUUAUAACCACAAGCACCCCAACAGAGCUUUACGUUGGCACGGGGCACACCAUUUACGAGCGCGCUCUCCUGCCCGCCAUUCGCAAUGCCAAGCGCUCGGUACAUCUAGUUACUUGCUUUUGGGCAGAUUCCCCUACGGCAAAUUCAAUCCGUGCGACGCUCUUUGAGCUGGCGGCGUCCCGUGCCAGCCAGAGCGAUCUGCCGACACUUCAUAUCACCAUUGGCUUCUCUUCUCGUGGGCUGUUUCAGAAACUCUUCCAUACGUCAUCGAGAAAUGGACAUGUAUAUCCGCCGACUGAAUGGAAAGCGCUGAAGCUGCCAGACCAGCAGACAUUGCAAAGCGGCUCGAUAGAGCUGACCGUCAAAACACUCUUUUUUACACCCCUCAGUGUCAUGCAUCCAAAGUACCUUGUUGUUGAUGAAACUGAGGCCUGGGUGCCCAGUUGCAAUGUCAGCUGGGAGAAGUGGUUUGAGGGCUGUGUUGAGCUACAUGGUGGCGCUGUGCAGUCUCUACUCUCCUUCCACGAGCGCGUCUGGGGCUUGGGAACGAGCCAGUCUAACGUGGCAUCGAUGGAUCGCCCACAAUCUGUGCGUGCCGUUCCGGAGCGGCCAGAAACUGGCUCUCCUGGCGGUAAUACCCGUGCAUCUCUCAUUGGUUCUGCCGAUGACAUGUCUCCGACUCAAUCGUUGGAUCCCAUUUCUCAGGAAGCCAAACCCACCAAUGACACCAUUGAACGCCGCGCUUCUUACAUUGUUUGCCAACGCCCAUAG